ACCGUCGUCGUUUUGAGAUGGUUGAUUUGAUAUGAACUGAGAAGAUCGUUGUACCGCACCGCAUCGCAUCGCAUCUCUCGUCUGUCGUCGUAAACUUGUGGGUGAAUCUUGCGGAAACCCCAGUUCAGGAUUGUUAUCGCAAACAAAACGGGUUGGGCUUUGAUGAAGGAGAAAAAUCAGGCCACGACGUCUCUACUAAAGAAGAUCCUGGUCAAUUGCUCAGCUCAGGCCAAACAGUAUGGUAGUUGUGUUUCCUCCAGGGUUCCUCAAGUUGAAAAAGACAUGUGUUUAACAGAAUUCCUUGCAUUAAAGAGUUGCAUGCAGAGUGUGCUGCGUGGGAAAUUUUAAAUUGGUAAAAUACAUCAACUGAACAUUACAGACUUCAACUGUCUUGGUUGACAAGACCCAUCUGCCAAACUUGUUCUUAAUCAAGGAGAGGGAUUAACAUGAUUGGCGAAGCAUCUUCCUCUAAUCAAUCAUCUUUCAGUGGAUCCAAUGCAUUGUCUCAUGUUUAUAUCAAUUAUCCACAGCUGAAAUGCCAUGUUCCUGGAGCAAGCAGUUUCUUUUAUGAUGAUGGGAAUAAAUUAAUUCUCUCAUUGACAUCUAGUCAGGUUUUUUCAUGGAAAACUACGCCAUAUAACCCUUAUGUUGCUCCUUCAUCUGACACAAUUAGUGAAGGGCCUGUUCUUUCUAUUCGAUAUUCAUUGGAUCUCAAGCUUUUGGCUAUCCAGCGAUCUAUAUAUGAGAUACAGAUCUGGAACAAAGAGACUGGAGAGACAUAUAGUCAAAAAUGUAGGCCCCAAUCAGAAACUAUUCUGGGAUUCUUCUGGACGGAUUCUUCAACCUGUGACAUAGUGUUUGUGAAAACCAGUGGGCUGGAUUUAUUUAAGUACGAUGAUGAGUCCAGGUCUCUUCAUUUAGUUGAGGCAAAGAAAAUGAAUAUUAGCUGGUAUAUCUACACCCAUGAAAGCAGAUUGGUGUUGCUUGCAUCCGGAAUGCAGUGCAGGAGCUUUACUGGUUAUCAGAUGUCAUCUGUUGGAACUGUCAGAUUACCUAAGUUUGAGAUGAUGAUGGCUAAAUCUGCAGCAAAUGUUAAGCCCAUCCUUGCUGCUGAAGAUGUGCAUAUUAUUACAGUGUAUGGCAGGAUUUAUUGCUUACAAUUUGAUAGAGUUGCCAUGGUCCUUCAUUUGUAUCGAUUUUAUCGAGAUGCUGUCAUACAACAGGGUUCUCUGCCAGCUUAUUCCAAUAGAAUAGCUGUGAGUGUGGUUGACAAUGUUUUGUUAGUUCAUCAAGUGGAAGCAAAGGUUGUCAUUAUAUAUGAUCUAUUUGCAGAUUUACAAGUGCCUCUCUCUGCUCCACUUCCACUUCUGUUAAGAGGGUUCCCUCGAGCAAAUGUCACAUCCUCCCAAAAGGCAUCUUCAGACUCAAAAAAUAUUAGUGAUACCGAAUUAACUGUCUAUGGAGAUCAGUGGAAUUUCCUUGUGCCUGAUCUUGUGUGUGAUGUUUCUAAUGGAUUUCUAUGGAAACUCAAUAUUGAUUUGGAGGCAAUUUCAACCAGUAGCUCAGAAGUUCAUCUGAUCCUUGAAUUCUUGCAAAGAAGGAAGUUGGAAGCAGAAAAGGCUAAACAUUUGUGCUUGGGAAUUGUUCGCACUAUUAUUUUGGAACGAAAGCCUAUCCCAGUUGUUGCAAAGGCCAUAGAUAUUCUACUCUCAACAUAUUCUCAUGCGAUCAAAACAGGAAGUUAUUACAAAAGAAUUACUGCUGAAGAAACUCCAUACGGUUCUUCCAGCAGACCUUCUCAUGUUGUUGAGGAGUCCAUAAAUCAGAUUGACUCAUCUGAAAAUUACAUCAAACAAGAAUCUGAAGGUGUCCCUGAGAAUGUAUCUUAUGACAGAUCUCAGUUGGAAACAUCGGAUUCUGAUAGCAGUCUGAAAUCGAACUCACGUAAUCCCGAUUUUUUAGUUGGAAAAGGAGAGAGAGCUAACUUGUUGGAGCCUGAUACUGCAGGCUGGGAAGUUCCUCCCAGUGGACAGUCUCAUAGUCAACGCUCUGACAAUGACCAGUUAACUUCUAAUCCUUCGGAGCAGCGUCAAUCUCAAGUGACGUCGUCUGGUGCUACUUCACCUGCUGAUUUGUAUAACUAUGUAUUUGCUCCGGUUGAGGAAGAGAUGGCAGGAGAUGGAUCUUACUUGAUGGCUAUCAUUGUUGAAUUUCUUCGAAGUGCUAAUUUUGAAAAGCUAAAGGCGCAUCCAGAUACCUAUGUCUUGAUGGUACAAAUACUUGACAGGGAUGAGCGACAUGCUGAUAUUCAAUUAUUUGUGACAAGCAAGAUCAUUGAGCCUUCAAAAGAAGUAGCAUUGCAGCUAGUGGAGUCUGGCAGACAUAACCUUCAUAUAAGGAAGUUGGGUCUGGGCAUGCUGAGGCAGCUCUCCUUGCAUCAUGACUAUGUAAUGUUACUUGUGCAAAAUGGAUAUUAUCUUGAAGCUCUACGGUAUGCAAGGAAAACAAAGGUGAACACGGUGCAGCCCUCUUUGUUUCUUGAAGCAGCCAAGAGCCAUGCAUCCAAGGAUACACAGCAAGUAGCUGCAGUCCUGAGGUUCUUUUCGGAUUUCAUACCUGGGUUUAAGCAGUCGAGCAAUUACCACGAGUACUUGGGCGCCAUUGCUGCAGAUAUGAAUUCUUGAGUUCCAGAUUUCACAACAACCAAGUGGCAGGCAUCUUAUUAAUAAUGAAUGGAUGAAUGAUGUAUGCUGCGUGCCAGCUACCCGUCUCUCUCUCUCUCUCUCUCUCUCUCUCUCUCUCUCUCUCUCUCUCUCUCUCUCUCUCUCUCUCUCUCUCUCUCUCAAUCUCAUGAUUCUAUAUUAAUUAUAUUUGAACCAGACCUAGAUGGCAUUUUUGGAUGGGUUUAGGAAUCCUUCCUGUUGCAUGCAUGGUCUGUGUACUAGAUUUCUGAAUUUUUAAAACUUAUGGGGAAAUCAGGUGUGUUGUCUUUCCCCUUGGCUGCAAUGUUUGGUGCCACAGACAUAAUUUACUUACAUGCAGGCAUCCAUAGAUGAGAGUGUUGUGUAAGGUGAUAGUUAUGAUUCAGUGAUGAUAUUAAAGGAUAUACAUUAUA